UGUCUCAUUGCUUAUUUCUGUACUUGAGGCCCCUGCUAGAAGCUGAACUUGAGCUCAGGUGUCAUCUGCUCUACAUCGCCCCCUGCUGCCAUGGACAACGUUCCCAGGAGGAGGAGGAUGAGUUCAGGGACAUGGUGGUCCAGGCCUGCCUGGUCCCCUCGUCGCAGGAUGGCGACGACAGCAGCGAUUUGUACUCCGGCAGUCCCGUCAGCAGCUCAGGUUCUCACAGCGGAUUCUACUCCUUCGUGGAAGACCCGACCAGCCCGGAAGCGGAGCAGAACGAGGCGUGGAUGGUCUCGCCUCAGCGGCAGGUGAAUCUCACCACCCUAAAGGAGGACAAGGCCUUCAAAGUGCAGACGUACAACAGUGGCAGGAAACCGGAGAGUAUGUUCUCAGAGUCCGAGUCUCCGUACACACUCCAGCCGGAAGACCCAUGUAGAGCAUUUGGGGAGGAAGAAGAGAAGCAACUGAGGAAGGACAUAAUUCGGACGCAAGCCCCAAAGAAGAAGUCAACGUCCAAGCUAAGCUUGCUGGAGGAGGAGGAUUGCAAUACAUCUACAAAUAUGCUGACGCAAGGUUUCGGUGUGAGCUACAGUGCGGUCGGGCUAGAACCCUGCCGCCCUGUCGACCCCGAAACAAUCGUCAGGGACCAGAUAGACUUCAGUGCAGCGCGACAGCAGUUCCUGAAGCUCGAGCAGAAUAUGCAGAAUUCCCCCGUCCUGCCUUCUAAGUCAAGUGUGCCCUGGAAGGUGGAGGGAGACGACGCAACAAGGUCAGAACCAUCUGGUAAAGGAAAAACCUCAGUGGACAGAAGAACAACUGAGAAUUACCUCAAUGAUGAAAACUUCUUUAAGGAGGACUCGCUGGGGGACGAGGUGUUUGAUGAAAGCAUACAACAAGAUGGAAGGAAAGUAAGGUUCUGCCUUCAUCACGAGACCCCGAUUGAGCAGGAGAUACGCUUAGUUCAGGAACGUGAGGAGAACCUCAGACACACGCGAGGCCUAAAGCAUAGUGAGGGAUGCUCAGAGUUGGUGGAGAUACGAGCCAAGCAUAUGCAAUCACCGCUAGCCUCUAUCAAGGCCAAACAGAAGAAGCAUGUGGGUUUCAUCGUUCAGGGACACAACCCGAAAGAGAACCAUAAGCAGCAGGGCCCAGAUCCACCGCAGGUAUUUUCAGACACAAAGGAGGAUGUGCAGAACUUGCAGGACCCAGAAGUCUCUCUGUCCUCCUGUUGUCCUGAUGAAACCUUUUACACCGGUCCAUCGUCCUGGACCAGAACUCAUUCUUGGAGGGACAACCAGGAGUCUACUGGCCUACAUUGUGGGAAAAAAGGGGCCCUGAAUUUUAUCGAGAAGGAAAUCCAAGAGGCUCUGCAACGAGAGCAGGAGCUUCGCCAGUUGAGAGAGUCUAGAAAGUCGAGAGAGUUCGGAGAGUACAGAGUGUAUAGUGAGUCUGGAGAGUCUGGAGAGUUCGGAGUGUUUGGAAAAUCGAGAGAGCAUGGACAGUCCAGAGUGUUCGGAGUAUCCAAAGUGUCCGGAGAGUUCGGAGACUCUGGAAGGUUCCGAGAAUCUGGAGUGUCCAGAGUGUUUGGAGAGUCAAGAGAGCAUCGAGAGUCCGGAGUGUCCGGAGUACCCAGAGUGUCUGAAGCGUCCGGAGAAUUCAGAGAGUCUGGAGUGUCUGGAGAGUCGAGAGAGCAUGGACAAUUCAGAGUGUCUGGAGAGUUCCGAGAGUCUGGAGUGUCCAGAGUGUUUGGAGAGUCGAGAGAGCAAGGAGAGUCCAGAGUGUCCGGAGUACCCAGAGUGUCCGGAGAGUUCCGAGAGUCUGGAGUGUCUGGAGAGUCGAGAGAGCAUGGACAAUUCAGAGUCUCCGGAGUAUCCAGAGUGUACGGAGAGUCCGGAGAGUUCCGAAAUUCUGGAGUGUCCAGAGUGUUUGGAGAGUCGAGAGAGCAAGGAGAGUCCACAGUGUCCGGAGUGUCCGGAGUACCCAGAGUGUCGGGAGAGUCUAGAGAGUCCAAAGAGUCGAUAACACCCAGAGAGCCAGGAGGGUCCUGUCUCUUCUCUCCAGCCCCUCUGGUGGUGCAGGCCCCCACAAUGACCUCCAACCAGAUUUACCUGACAAAAAACUCAGGGUCCUGUUCCUCCGUCUCCUCGUUGACCACCUCCCACGCCCCGCCCCCCUCCAAGGGCCUGACGGGGACGCUGCUGCGGGGCCUUGAGGAGGAACGAUUGAGACUCAAGUUGGACGAGAGCUCGUACGCCGGGAUCCAGCCCAUCGAUGACGUCAACAACCAGGUGGUGGAGUCCACGCGGGUAGUUCGCCAUAAAAACCAGCGAGCUCUACGCUGGGAGGCGGGGUUUUUUGCCAACCAACUGGACCAGUGAGAAGAUCCAGAUCCACAUACUGAGUACAGGUCCAGGUCAAUGGUACCGAGUCAGUGGAAUGGUUGGUGUGUGCGUCAGGAGAGGACGUGGACAAGAUGACUGUCAUUACUGGCUCGGGAUGAGGAUGAUGGAGCUCAAAAUGAACGCUGAUCAGUUUCUUCAAUCAUAAAAAAACAUGUUCACUGUUUCCAUGGCAACAUGCUGGUUGGCCUCCAGGGAGGAGGUGUUUUGUGUGUGUGUGUGUGUGUGUGUGUGUGUGUGUGUGUGUGUGUGUGUGUGUGUGUGUGUAUAUCAAAGCGCCUUAUCGCCAUCAGCACUGUUUCCAUGGCUACUGCAUGAUGAGCCUAAAGUUGCAGGACAUAAGGUAGCUUGUGUGUUUUAGACAUAGAAUAAACUU